GAAUGGUAUGUACGGCUCUCGGAGAUGUGUAUCCCGCCGGCAGUCGGAUAAACUGCAGAAACGGUCGCCCGCCUGAGACCACUGAAGGCGUCGUUGUUGUUGCUUUCUGGCAUCGUACGACGGAGAAAAAACACUUUAUCAGCAGAUGGUCGGUCACGUCUCUAAACAAAACAGUGGCGGCCACUAAAACGCCGGUCGUUACCUUGGACCAGAAGGAGUGUUUGCGGCCCCAAAAUGCAUAUAUGACCGUCCUACAGCACAUCUGUGGUGCUUCUCCUUGAGCAUCGCGAACUGGCGCCUCGUCAGCGAAGCUGCCAGAUUGCAUCAAGUGACCUACAGAUUCGAGCCCAAGUUUAAAGUCUCGGCGUUUUGCCGUUUGGGUAGCUGCCGCACCACGAUGGCAGCCGCGAAAACCGUACUCUCCUAGGCUUGCAGAAACCAAGCGCGGGACUGGACCAGGGCGACACUUGCUCCUGGAACGAUUGCGCGGCGAAACCAUGUCACCGGAUUUAGCGACGCCGUCGCUAUCUCCCGUCUCUAAAGGAAUCGCACCCCCCUGUUCUAAGCCAGUGGGUUCGUCGCUUAGGAAGUUGCUUGAGAGUAGUCAGGAAUAUGCAAGUUGAUGUUUUUCUGUGACCUCUUCCUGUGAGACUUCGGCGAGUUUCCAUUAAGGGAGGGCAUACUUCUCCUUGAGUGGUUGUCGUUUCGUCGACAACGUGGGUGUCGGCAGAGACAGGCUCAGCCUCAUUCAGCGAACCACUUUCGGCUUUUCACACUACCGGUCAAAGUGGCAGGCUCGUGGAAGGACUGGCCCUCUCAAACCGAUGAUAUAGCAUAUGCGUAGCAGAUGUCGUUGUGGCUUCAUGUACUAAGUGACCGUGCAUUGAAAACAGCUAUUUGCAAAGCUUACGCACAGGGCCCAGGAUACUGGCCCCUAUCGAGUGCCUGCCAGUUUGAAACUUUUGCUUUUCUAGUGGUGGAUGCACUAUACCCGGUUUAUUCGACUGCAUGCAUCCGGUGGGUCCAUUCAAGACGAUCUUUUUGGUAACAAUUUCUACUGGAUAAGGUGAUAUCCGCAAUCUGCUACACGAUGAGGGCGAUCGUGGCAUCGACGCAGCAGUUUUUGCGUCCAGUUGGCUCUCGGCCCCUCGCGGGUAUUUCGAUCGUUGUGGUGGUCGCGUUGGCAAUAGCUUUAGGGACUGCAGCUGACGUUGGGCGACAUGUUGGCGGUUUCUCGGGGCCGUUUCCCAUGACUCUGCGAAGUGGCCAGUGGAGACUCGAUCACGGAGCAUGCUUCGUUGGAAAAGCAAAGAACCUGGUAGUUGACCCUCUUCCCCGUGUAUCGCCUCAGGGGCCUCAGCCGCUCGAUGUCACGACCACAGGAAGCGCUCUGUGCUGGUGGCUGGACAGUAUGUAUGCAGCGCAUAUGUCCUUGAAAGCGGCGUGGGAAAGGCGGCAUCAAGAAGCGAAGAACAGAACCUCCUGGUUGAAUUUAUGGAGGCGCUUCGCCAAUUGGUGGGCCUCGUUUCCUGAGUUUCAGAUCGACGUUUCUGUACUCUACCUCGAUCUGUGGAACGACGACUUCUACGGCCACCCUCUUCCGUGGUUCAGUGCGGAAUUCAGUUAUACCCCUCCAUCAGGCAGAUACGCGUACAACCUCUUCGACAAACUGCAGUCUCAUUUUGCGUCUGCUCCGGGAACGGCGGUUCAGGAAGUUUUCCUUUUGUUAGCCCCUGCGCCGACAUUCAACCAGCCUGUAGAGAAACGGUCUUCCAUCGUUGCCCGCGCAGCAACUGUUGCAGCCGGCAACGAACUAUUUAAGGAAGCAUUGGGGCAUCAACGUGUUGAUGAAGUUUUGUCGAUGGUCCCCGCCGACCCGUUUCGUUUGAUGUUGAGCACCAGUGCUUUCUCAUUUCAAGCUAAAAUCGGGGAUUUCUGGGAGCGCGGACUGGAUUGCAUGCUCGGCAGCCGCCUGAACCUUCGCUGGGAUCAAGUUGGUACAAGUGUGUGCCGCUAUAUGACUGCAAAAGCCAGCGAAACCGGCUCUGGUUUGGCCGCAUCCUUCCUCAAUACCGUGGAGGUCCGGGUGACUGGCAUGGACUUCUUCAAUCAUGCAGCGCCGGUCUUCAAAACAGAAUUCAUCGAGGGAAUCAUUACCAAAAGGGCUACUUACAUCCCGGUGAGCAUGUAUUUAAGCACGGAUCCUACGCUCACGCACGAGUACGAAGCCGCAAAAACUGUCAAGCGGGCGGUCCAAGCAGGCCGUGUUGGAGCAGCUCUUGCUCGAGGUUUGGUGAACUUUGCUAGAGCGACGAAUCAAAAGGCUGAUGAGUCACAUGAAGGUCAAACCAAAACACCAACAUCAGGAGUGCGCGGCUCUGCAGGCAGCAAACACAACUGAACGCGCCUUUGAGUAUCUUACUUAACGCCUUCGUCAGCUCAAGCAAUAUGUUGGCCCGAUUUCCGAGACCGUUGGUCAUUUCCGUUUUGUUUUCGUGCGUGAAUGAGGAUGCAGUGUUACCUGUCAACAAUCACGGAUCGGCAACAUUUUUUCCUGUCCGUUCCGGAAGUUCAUGGCCCAUUAAUCUGUGAGCAGAAAAGGAACAGUGGUGUGUUGCAUUUCCGCAUCGCCACAAAAACGAUGAGCGGCAUAUUGUCAACUAGCAUUCACGAUCAUCUAUAAACACACCGCCAUGCAAGUUUUUCUACUUACGUGGCCACAUGUGGCUGCAGGAAGCUGACGGAAGACACAGAGCUCCGAAGCAUCCACUGUUCAUAUGAAUGACGAUAGAAAGUUCGAAACAAGCAAAUCAACGCAGAUUACAUAUAGUGAACUCGAAUGUCGAGCCAGCAGGGUGUGUCUGUCAGCAGCGAAAGUGUGACCACUCGUUAGAGUGUGUCUUGUAUACAAACUGUGACACCCGCGAUCACGCACAUUGCUGAUUACCUGCUUUGUAAAUUUUUACUGUUUUCUGCUGUGUUGGGGAAGCGAAGAUAUUGGCACCACGUCAAGGGCAGUGUCUGCCUGUUUGUAUCUCGCAACCCGACCUCUUGUCAAUUUCCACAGUCACUGAUGGAAAGAAUUUUGUUUUAGCAAUUGAGAAUCAAGAUCAUUCUGGGUGGAAGCUCAACAGAAGCACUAAGCGGGUAGUCGCGCAUUCUUUCAACAAUGGGAGAUGGCAUGGGUGCGAGACAGCGCAGACAACAAGACAGCAGCCACGAGGGACGUAGGCACUCAACUCUCUUAUCACUGUUGCGUUUCACAGAGCGCGGCAGCCUCCGUGGAAAACCUCUCACUUUUUUCGUACUCAUCAAUCGUACAGAGGAUAUCACUAAGGAUGUCAUUGCUGAUCAAAAAUCCCACGGGUGCACGGAGGUGUAGCCGGGCUGACAGCAAGUCGCUUCCAGGCCGCACCGUUUCACUUGUGGUGACGGCGUUUUUCGCAUGUUGUGACGGCUCCCGCAACAAUUUUGCUCGUAUCGUGUUCAAGACGGAGUCCACACACUGCAGACGGCUUGCCAUACGUGAAGACAAAUCCUGUAAGCUAACCGACCCUGUGUUGAGCUCACUGUUCUUCGUCUGUGUCGGUUCCCCGUCAGUGGUUAUUAAGAGACUCUGCGGUUUUUCAGGAUUGGUAGCUGCCUCAAGACAGGCAACAUUCGAGAGUCGAAUUGGACGGAUACCGCCUUCGUCCGCAUCCAGCUUCUGGUCACCUGCUGUUCUGUGACGUAAUUGAUUCAUUUCUAAGUGAAGUUUAUGCUCUAUGAGGCAUUCUUUGUCUGGUCGUCCUUUGUGCACUACCGACACAACAAUGUCGGCCGUUCCCACCAGCAGGGCAGUUCUAACACCUUCGGUAACUCCA